UCAGUUGUCAAAUUUUGUUUUCAGCUUACGUUCAGUUAUUCGUUGGGCAAAUUCACAAAAGUCAAGCAAACAUAUUCUGGCUAGGUAAUUGGCAAUCGAACUGACCUGCAAUGGAUUACAUCAUGGAAAUGGCCGAGGCGGUUGCUCAGCAAUCGAAGCAGGAGGAGGAAGAAGGCAGUCGCUUCAAGUCCGUCUUCACCAUCAACGGCAAGUCCAUUCUGCCGCCCCUGAUGACGCCUGAGCGUCGCCUGGAGAUGCAGCAGCUGCGUCGGGCUGCCAUGGCCAUAGAGGAGCGCGGAAGAGCCGGACGCCAGACGGCAAUGUCGCCCAGUGGAGCCACGGGGCAGGUGCAGCAGCCCAGGCGCGCAGCAGUCGCGGAUGCCGGCACCAACACCGAGUCGGAAUCGGAGCUGGUGCCGCAGCCGCUGACUGUCGUCGGCCGCAUCAAGCAGCAGCUGCAGCAGUCGGAGACGCUGAUCUACGACAACAAAUGCAAUGCCAUCAUCAAGUUCGUCAAGUCCAGCAAAAUGCCGGCCAGGCAGCAUAUUGUGCGCGAGGAGUACUUGGAGAUCCGGGCACAGCAGGCAGUGCUCAGAGAGCCGGACUUAGUCUGCGGCGUCGUGUUGAGCUCCACACUGGAAGCGGCUGAGCCCAUGCCCAGCCAGCCAGUGCCAAGCCUUACAGGCAGCCCUCCGCAACAGCAGGAGCUGGCAGCGAGCGGCUCGAGUCCCAGCCCAGUGCAGAUGAGUCCCAAAGGCAGCCCGCCACAUAAAAUUCAGACCAUGCGGCAGCUGCUGGGCAUCGCGCAGAGGCUGAACUUGUCGAUUAACAAGCGGGAACGGGACUUGCUGCAGCGCGCCAUCACGAGUCCUGCGCUGCGCUCGCGAGCUGAGACUGCGACGUCCGGUCGCGGCAGCAGCACGGCUCGAGGUGAGCGACUGCAUCCGCAGCUGUGGAAACGAUGUCACUCCUCUGCGCUUGGCCAGGAAUACGAAGCGCAGCAGAGGAAGGCUGCAAAGAUACAGGUGAAGCAGCAGCACUCGACACCGGAGCAGCGGAACAGCAAGGCCAGCAAGUCCGCGCUGCCCAAGCGGACGAACAGCAGCAAGCGGACGCCGCGCGGCCGCAGCACUGUGAGCUACGCGGCGCACGCCUCCUCGCACGCCAAUGCCGUGCAGCGGGGCGGCAGCGACAGCAGCACGCGGAUCAGCAGCACGCAACGUCGGCUCAGCUACGAUCCGCGUGCCACGCUCAAGCGAGCCGCCCCGCGGAAGGUCGAGUCGAGCAGCAGCUGCGGCACGCUGCCCACGUCCAAGACGUCGCCGUCGAGCAGCAGCAGCGUCAGUCAGGCGCGGGCAGYGCCCAGUGCCGAGUGCAGCACAUCGGAGCUGAUCAGGCGCAGGCUGCUGGACGAGAUGGAGCAGCAGCAGCGGCAGCGCUUCCAACAGUUGGUCUCGCAGCAGGCCGAGGAGCAGCAGCGUCUGCAGGCYGAGUUCCAGGUGCAGCAGCAGCAGCUGAUGGACCAGAUGAUCUGUGACAUGAGCACGCUCACCUACGACAAGGACGGGCAGUCCGACCAGGCCAACUCGGAGUCCAGUUCGAUCAGCUCCCUGCCGCAGAGUCGCCUCGAUCUCGAGCUAGACGAAGCAGACUCGGCCGACGUCUAG